UAAAAAGGAGCCGUCAAUGUCCGCACUUAACUCUUUUCCACCUCCUCCACGGCUCCACCCGACUCGGCGGCCUCCGCUCAUCCGCCCGUUCCUCGCCGACGCCGUCUCUCCCACCGACCGGUGUGGCGCUCCAGGAAGCCGCUUCUUCUUCCUUCCAGUCCCAUGACAGACAGAAGUGAUGGACCAAUUGGUAGGCUCCCAGAGCAUCUUAUUGUAGAAAUAUUCAUUCGUUUACCAGUCUCCGAGUGGGUGCAAAUAGCAUGUGUCAACAAGCAGUGGGCCAACAUAUUUGAAGGAGAUUGCUUGUGGCAAACUGCUAUUGCAAGGAACUGGCCAUCUGCUGGUCUCCAGAAACGCUGGCCUGGGCCAAUUCCCAGAGGUUCCCCAAGGAGGAGAUUCCAAGCACUAUAUGUCAGUGAGAACUUAGUCCCAUCUGGUGGGGAGAUUGAUGAGCUUGUUGGUCACACUUAUCUCUACUUAAAAGAACAACUUGAGCGCCCUGCCAUGCCUCCUUCCAGCAUACUUCAUGGCACCAUCAUUGAUCAGUUCAUUGCUUGUGGUAAAACAGGAGAAAAGGCUCAUGAUCUUUCUUCGAAAAUAUGGCUUGCAGUCAUUGACGGCUUGGAAGAAAACCAGAAAACAUUCUUGCUGUUAAAACACCUCGCACGAGAAGGAGAAUUUUUCCUUCCAUUUCCAUACUCCAGAUCAUAUAAGGUGCUAUGGAGGGUGUAUGACAAGCUGUUCACUGACUUCCGUGACUGUUUCAGCGGGGCUGAUUACCAUGAUGCACUAUCAACUGCGAAGUCUAGGUUUCAGCCGGUACCCUCAACAUGGCUUGGCCAUUAGCGCACAGUUGUUGCUCUUGUUGUGCGCUUUACAUCAUCGUGGAUAAAGUAGCGAUGUAAUUUCCAAAAGGCAAAAUCCGGUGCCGAGUGGUAAUCCAGUGGAUGAUUCAUGUACAUGUAGCAUCUUGACAACUUCAAGAACUUUAAACUGUUGUUUAAGUGGAAAUAUUCCUGUUUUUGCAAGUCCCCUGAAACUGCUGUUUUAGUGGAAACACUCCUAUUUUUGCAAGUCCCUUGAAACUGCUUUUAUACAAUUCACCGUUUGCUGGGUUAAUUCAGUGUA